AUGCUCUCACAUCCUUUCCACCCCGCUCCUCCCUCUCUCUUCCCCACUUCCCUGACCUCCUCUAUCCCCUCCUCUCCCCUUCUCCCCUCCCCACUCCUAACAGAUCUCACAUCAGGACCAUGUACGAGUGCGAAUCACAGUCACAGACUCAGGAGGGGAGGAGUCCAAGCAGGCAACAUCUCCCGUCAGGACCAUGUACGAGUGCGAAUCACAGUCACAGACUCAGGAGGGGAGGAGUCCAAGCAGGCCCUACUCCACCGCUUUGAGGAAGCAAGGGAGCGGGAGCAGCUGCUAAAGGGGCAGGCUAUAGAGGGGAUGAAGGCACUGGGGCAGGAUCCAUCAAACGUGGGCAUAGGGCUGUUUCUAUCUGGGCCGGAGGAGGGUUGGGUGGGGUGCACACACCACAGGGUCAGUCGGACGUCCAGCAACGAGAGCUCCUACAGCCGAGCCUCACACACCCAGCCUCCUGCACAGAUGCCCCACCCUCUUUCGCCCGACCCUCUGGCUUCCCACCCCCUGGCAUCCCACCCCAUGGUUUCCCACCCUCUCACUCGUCCUCUGCCCGACACAACAAGCCGUCUCAGAGACACCACGUCUAGGGAUACUGUUCCCUCGGCACAGUCCCACCUCCCCCAGUCUGACCCAGGCGACGCUUCAGCUGCAGCAGCUGUGGAAGUUUCUGCUGCAUUAGCAGCUAUUGAAGCACCUCAAAGAUCGGCAGCAGAGGAUUUGAGGGAGGCGGAGGCAGCAGAGGCGGAGAGGGAGCGGCAGGCGAGGAUAAGCGAGCAGUUCGUCGCUCCCUCCUGCGCCAUCUGUCAGAAGCUACUCCUGCUCAUGGACGGGCAUUACUGGAACGCCACCCAGCCUGCUGAUCCCGGCGCUGCUACUGCGUUUUCCGUGCGGUUACUGUGUGACCGCACGAGGAGAAGGCACAGGAGGAGGAGGCAUAUGAUGAAUAGUUUGGAAGGAUCGGGGGAUGAGGGGUCCGGGAGUGAGGAGGAUGGGGAGGUGGAGGUGGGGAGUGAUAGUGACGAGUCGUCGUGCUCGAUUGGGGCGUAUAUUCAAGAGCUGGAGGGGAUUCGUGUGCUGCUUGUGGAAGACAACGUGGCCAAUCGCAUCGCGACACAUCAGCUGCUCCUGUCGCUGCACUGCCACGUCACCCUAGCCGCCAGCACACAGGAGUGCCUGUCAAUUCUCUCGGGCAGCAAGAAGAGCCCGUCAGCCUCCCCCAUUGCAGACAUUGUUCUUCUGGAUAUCUGCAUGCCCGAUGUCGAUGGGCUUGAAGCAGCCCGCUGCAUACACAAGAUGUUCCGUCGUGCGGGGAUUCAGGGUUCCUGA